AUGCGGGCCGAUGCGGCGGUGCGCGAGAAGGAGAAGAUGGAGACCACAACGACACAGCUGUACCAGUGGAGUCAUGAUCAGCGGACUGCUGGUGCCCGCCCGCCGUUUGUCCUUCACGAUGGCCCGCCCUUUGCCAACGGCCGCCUUCACAUGGGCCACGCCCUCAACAAGAUCCUCAAGGACGUCAUCAAUCGCCAUGCCCUCCUCUCGGGCUCCGCCGUCCACUACGUCCCGGGCUGGGACACUCACGGCUUGCCCAUCGAGCUGAAGGCGCUUGAUGCUGCCCGCAAGGACUCGGCCAAGGCCAUCAAGAAGAUCAAGAAGGAGCUCAAGCGCGCCAUCAAGGCGGAGGCUGGCGACGAGGUCGCUCGGCUGGAAGCCCAGCUUGCCGCCGCCCAAAGCGCCGCCGCCGGCCGCGAGCCAACCAAGAUCCGCAAGCUCGCCGCAGAGUUUGCUGCCUCGGCCGCCACCGAGCAAAAGGACGCCCUGCUCCGCUGGGGUGUGAUGGGCGAUUAUGACAACGCGUACUACACCAUGGCGCCGGCCUACGAGGCUGCCCAGCUCGAGCUGUGGUCCUCGCUCUACCAUCGCGGCCUGUUCUCGCGGCGGCUCAAGCCGGUCUACUGGUCGCCGUCGACCCAGACAGCGCUCGCCGAGGCCGAGCUCGAGUACAAGCCGCACACUUCGACUGCCGUCCACGUCGCCUUUCGCGCCCGCGCGUCCGAUCAGCUCCUCGCUGCGCUUGGCGUCGAUCUUGCGCCGCGCCCCAUCGACGCCGUCGCGUGGACCACCACCCCGUGGACCCUCGUCGCCAACCAGGGCCUCGCCUUUGGCCCUGCCCUUGAUUACGCGCUUGUCGAGAGCGGCGCCGCCGCCGAUGCGCCGCUCGUCCUGGUUGCCUCUGCACGUAUCGGCGCUCUCGUCGACGCUGGCGUCCUGCCUUCGUCCCCGCGGGUGGUGGCGGAUGGCCUCUCAGCCGAGGCUAUAGCCGGCACCGUCUUUAGCAACCCGGUGGUGGCUGAGCGCGACUCGGUGGCGCUGAUGGGUGACCACGUGACUGAUGAUGCCGGCACCGGUGUUGUCCACACCGCGCCGGGCCACGGCGCCGAGGACUACACCGCCAUGGCGCGGGCCGGCCUGCUCAACACCGACGAUCCGCUCUUCUGUCCCGUCGACGGCGCCGGCAAGUACACAGAUGCGCUGGCGAGCGUCGGCCUUGGUCAGCUGGUGGGCCAGCCGGUCCUCGACGCCGGGACCAAGUCUGUGGUGGAACUGCUGCAUGCAGCGGAGAACGCGCCGCUACUGGCAGCGGCACCGCUAGAGCACUCGUAUCCGUACGACUGGCGAACGGCCAAGCCGAUCAUCUUCCGUGCCACCAUGCAGUGGUUCAUGGACCUGAGCGCAGUCAAGGGCGCGGCACUCAAUGCGCUCGACGACGUGACAAUGGUGCCGCCCGAGGGCGCAGCGCGGCUGGCCGGCAUGAUUGGGACCCGCGACGAGUGGUGCAUCUCGCGGCAGCGGGUUUGGGGCGUGCCCAUCCCGGUCUUCUACCACAGGGAGACCGGCGAGGUGUUGGCCACCCGCGAGAGCCUCAGCCACGUGGUCGAGCUUGUCGCCCGCCACGGCACCAACGCCUGGUUUGAUCGCCCCGUCUCGGAGCUCCUCCCGGCGAGCCUGGCAGACGAGGCGCACAAGUAUGUCAAGUCAGUCGACACCAUGGACGUCUGGUUCGACUCGGGCUCGUCGUGGUACGCCGUCCUUGCCAAGAGCCUCGGCUCGCCGGUCCAGGCCGACGUCUACCUCGAGGGAUCGGACCAGCAUCGUGGCUGGUUCCAGUCCUCGCUCAUCACCUCGAGCGCCCUGCAGGACCCGCCGCGAGCCCCGUACAAGACCCUCAUCACCAACGGCUUUGUCCUCGACGGCGCCGGCAACAAGAUGGCCAAGUCGCUGGGCAACGUCGUGGAUCCGGACCAGGUUGUCCACGGCGGCGCUAACGCCAAGAAGGAGCCGCCCUACGGCGCAGAUGUCCUCCGCCUUUGGGUCGCUGCCCAGGAGUACACCCGCGAUGUCCGGCUCGGCCCACAGGGCCUCUCCUCCGCCGCCGACACGUACCGAAAGCUGCGCAACACAGCCAAGUUUGUGCUCGGCAACAUUGCCGACGCGCCCGCAGAGCUGCUGAUGGCGGCGGGUGCACCGGCGGCGGCAUCGCCGCUCGAUCGUCUUGUCCUAUCCUCGCUUCACGAGCUCAACACCAAGGUCCAGGCUGCGUACUCGUCGUACGCCUUCCACGCCGGCCUCUUUGCCCUCCUCAACUACGUCAACACCUUCCUCUCGGCGUUUUACCUCGACUCGGCCAAGGACACGCUCUACGCCGAGGCCGCCGAUGAUUCGGCCCGACGCGCCGUCCAGUACGUCCUCUACCGAGCGCUCGACGUGGUGACCCGUGCGGCAGCACCCAUCGCCCCGUUCCUCGCCGAGGAGGUGUGGGGCCACAUGCCGCUCGACACCCGGCGUGACGACCACUUUUCGCUCUUCCAGUCGGGCUACGCAGAGACUGGCCCGCUGCGCGAUCCGGCGAGCGACGCGCUCCGCGACGCGCUCCUCGACCUCCGCGGCGAGGCCAACAAGGCGCUCGAGGGCCUGCGGCAGGCCAAGGCCAUCGGCGGCUCCCUGGAGGCUCAGGUCGUGGUGGCUGCUGAUGUGUUGCCGGAGUCCCUCGCGGCAUGGCUCGCCACCCUCUCGCCCGGCGAUCUCGCCAACGUCUUUGGCGUCUCUUCUGCGCAGCUUGAGUCGUCGGCGGCCACCGGCGGAGCAACCGUGUUGGCGGCGCCGGCGAGCGGCAGCAAGUGCGAUCGGUGCUGGAAGGUAACGCCCGACGUGAGCGGCGGAGGCCUGUGCGGCCGAUGCGCUGCGGUGGUGGGCGGAGAAGCGGCGAUGUGA